UAAGAAGACGUCACCCCAACUACAAACACAAAAGAACAUGUCUGAACACAAACCUGCUACCGAAUCUAAGCCAAAGCCAUGUUGCGUUUGCAAAACAGAAAAGUCGGCAAGAGACGAAUGUCUUUUAAUCAACGGCAUUGACUCUCCAAAAUGUGAGACAUUAAUCUCAUCAUACAAGACGUGUAUGAAAGGCUUCGGCUUUGAAAUCUAAGCUUCUGGUAGCAAUCCGCUAGAUAACCUCGCAGCAGAGGCCCUAGCCUAUGAGCCGUGCAUCUUAUUGAAGCAGGGCUAUCGAUUUGUACAUCAAGC